AUGCCCUCGCCCGCGCCCACGGCGCUGCCCCGUCUCCUCGCCGCCAUCUCCGCCGCCGCCUCCUCGCCCGCCGACCUCCGCCGCCUCUCCCACCUCCUCCUCUCCCCCUCCGCGCCUCUGCCCCCCAUCCGGUGCCUCAACACCCUACUCAUGGCGCUCGCCCGCCAAGGCUUGCUCUCGGACAUGGAGUCGCUAGCCGCCCGCAUGCCCGCCCGCAACCUCCACACCUACACCACCCUCAUCAACGCCUAUUGCCUCGCCGGCGACCUCCCCGCCGCCAAGCGCCACCUGUCCUCGCUCCUGCGCGCCGGCCUCGCGCCGGACUCCCACGCCUACACGUCCUUCGUCCUCGGGUACUGCCGCACGGGGCUGCUCGCGCACGCCUGCCGAUUGUUCUUGCUAAUGCCACUGCGGGGGUGCGCGCGCACCCCGUUCACGUACGCGGCCCUGCUCCAGGGACUAUGUGGCGCUGGGAUGGUGCGCGAGGCGAUGGCGGUUUUCGCUGGGAUGCGGCCUGAUGGCUGUGCCCCUGAUUCGCAUGUCUACAGCACAAUGGUGCACGGGUUAUGUGGGGCAGGACGAGCCGGAGAGGCGGUUGCGCUGCUCACAGAGGCAAUGGAGAAGGGAUUUGUGCCGAAUGUUGCUGUAUACAAUGCUUUGAUCGAUGGCUACUGCAGUACUGGGGACUUGGAGCUCGCAGUUGACGUCUUCAAGGGGAUGCAGAGUAAAGGGUGCUUGCCGAACGUCCGCAGUUAUACUGAGCUGAUAUGUGGGUUUUGCAAGUCGGGGAAAGUAGAGAGGGCCAUGGUACUAUACAGUCGGAUGGUUGAGGAAGGUUUAGCUCCAAAUGUGGUGACAUACACAACCUUAAUUCAGGGGCAGUGCAACGAGGGGCACUUGGGACAUGCUUUUAGGCUGCUUCAUUCAAUGGAGGCUAGUGGACUGGUCCCUAACGAGUGGACUUGCUUAGUGCUGAUUGAUGCUUUGUGCAAACGUGGGAGAAUUGAGGAAGCUCAGCAGUUUCUCGGGUCUCUUGUUCAGAAGGGAAUUAAGGUGAAUCAGGUUGUCUACACCAGUAUGAUAGAUGCAUUGUGCAAGGCGGGAAACUUUGAUGAUGCUCAUAAUCUGAUGCAGAAAAUGGUCACAGAUGGGUUUGUGCCAGACGCCCACACAUACAGUUCGCUUAUUGAUGGACUAUGCAGGGAAAAUAAGCUGUCGGAAGCAAUAUCACUGUUGGAUGAUAUGAUUGAGAAUGGAGUACAAGCCAAUGCCGUACCAUUUACCAUUCUAAUUGAUAAGCAUGUCAGGAAGUUUGGGUCUGAUUCCUCCAAAAUGAUAUCUGAUAGGAUGGCUGUGGCAGGUGUUAAGCCUGACGUUGUCACUUAUACAGUUUUUAUACGCUCCUAUUGUCAAGAGGGAAGGAUGGAAGAUGCUGAAUCCAUGAUGGUUCAGAUGAUCGAUCAUGGUGUUCGCCCUAAUUUAGCCACAUAUAACACAUUGAUUAAAGGAUAUGCAAAUCUUGGACUAAUCAGUCAAGCAUUUUCAUCUUUUAAGAACAUGGUUGAUAAUGGAUGCAAGCCAAAUGACGAGUCUUAUACAGUUCUCCUUGGACUGCUACUAAAGAAAAAUUCCUACCAUGACUUAGUUUCCAAUUCUAUUAAUGUAUGGAAAACAGUUGACAUGAAAGUUCUCAAGGAACUUUUGGAGGAGGUGAUUAAGCUUCAGUGCACCUCAUCCAGCUAUAUUUAUGAUUGUUUUAUUAGGUGUUUGUGCAAAGUUGAUAGAUUGGAGGAAGCAAAAAGUUUUCUCGUAGGGAUGCAGAGUUCUAACUUGACCCCAAGUGAGGAUGUAUAUACUUGUAUGAUAGAAUGUUGCUACAGAAUGAAAUUGCUAAAAGAAGCUUUAAGGUUUCUUGAUUCAAUGGUGGAAAGAGGCUAUUUACCACGUUUAGAAUCUUAUAGGUUUAUUAUUUGUGCUCUUUGUGAGGAGGGAAGCUUUCAUACUGCUAAAAGCAUUUUUGGUGACAUGUUGUCAAAGGAAUACAACUGUGAUGAGAUUGUUUGGAAGAUUUUGAUUGAUGGCUUAUUACAAAACGGAAACACUGCUGACUGCUCCCGUCUGCUAUCGUUCAUGGAGGAACAGAAUUGUCGUCCUAGUUCUGCAAUAUAUGCUAGGCUGACAAGUGAAAUAACAGUUGCAAGUGAAGCUCAGGAAAUUGCUACAUGA